CCUAUAGAAUACGCUUGAAUUUUGAUUUUUACAGAACACUUUACUUUCGUUUGUUGGUUUCUAGACCACAAUAGUUAACACUGCGUUACGCGCUCCGAUAGAUUGUUGAAGUCAUUAACAUUGCGAUGAUUCAAGCAGAAAUGACCAGUGGUUGACGCCACUAUGGACACAAAAAAUUUAGCAAAAGAUCUUCCUUUAUAUUCAAGACGUAACAAACUACAGUGGGGUAAAAAGGGGGUUCUGAUCGGGGAAAGGAACGAAGAUGAGUUGUCCCAUUUACAGUGCGGACAUUAGAAAUGCAGGAAAAGCUCUGAUUAUGGAAGGACAAGGAAUGAAGUCAGCUAUGCCCUUUGCAAAGGAAAAACCCUGACAAUUGGCUGGAUUGAUUUACAGAAGCCAUGGGAAAAUUAAAUCUGGAUGGCUGGAGAGGAACUUGAACAUUGUCCUCUCGAAUCUCGAGAGCCGUGGCCAUCCGAUGCCAAAUUAUUCCAACCUUAUGAGGUGGAACAGAUACUACUACCUGACAAUGCAAACUGUCUUGCUGUUCAGGCUUACCUUCGCAUGUGUGGUCUCAAAUAUGAAGUUGAGCUUCGCAGCAACUGUGAAUAUAUGUCACCAUCAGGUAGAGUACCCUUCCUCAAGUGCGGUGCAUUUAUUGUGGCAGAAUUGGAUCCUAUAAUUUCAUUUGUCAACAGCAAGGGAAUAUCGUUGACGAAUGAUUUGGAUACAGCUGACAAAGGAGACAUGAGAGCUUACAUGUCACUCGUAAACACUGUACUUGCAGUUGCUGAGCUUUAUAUUUGCUGGUGUGACAAAAGAACAAUGAAAGAAGUUACAUUGCCUAGAAAUGGUUCAGUUUAUCCGUGGCCAUUGAAUCAUGUUGUUAACUGGCAAAAGAGGAGUCAGGUUAUGAAGAAAUUAUCAGUUCUCGGAUGGGCAAACAAAACAUUAGAGGAGGUGUACGAAGAAGUAGAAACCUGCUGUAAUGCCUUAUCUGAGCGACUGGGUGACAAGCCAUUUUAUUUUGGAGACAAUCCAACAGAGUUGGAUGCCCUGGUAUUUGGACACGUGUUUAGCAUCUUAACAACUCCAUUGCCAAACAACAAAUUUGCAGCCAUUCUCCGAGGCUAUUCAAACAUAAUUCAGUUGUGCAAAUUGAUUGAAAAUAAAUAUUUCAAAAGGAUUAGUCAGUAAAUUGUGCUAAUUUUGUACAAAGUAGUUUUUGUUAUAAAAAUUUAAAGACAGUUGUAAUUCUAAAGUUUAUUAAUAAAGUUGCUUAUUUAGUUUUCUUA